AUGGUAACAUGGAAUGUCUAUACGAUAACUGGGAGAGGCAGAGAACCAGCAGAUGCAUUAGAAAGAAGAAAAGUAAAGAUUGUGUAUAUUAAAGAUACCAAGUGGGAAAGGCAGAGUACGAAAAAGAUAAGUGGAGGCUACAAACUGUUCUACUCAGGAGGGUCAAAAGGAAGGAACAGAGUUGGAAUUGUAUUAGCUAAAAAAAUUAUGAUGACAGUGGUCAAAAUAGAGAAAAUAUCGGAACGAUUCAUGCGCUUGAAGGUGACAACUGAGGAUGGGCUGCGGAACAUAGUGUCUGGUUAUGCUCCGCAGAUAUGA